GAAUCGAGCUGUUUUGGGGUGAGGCGGUGCGUUUGCGGACCUCCAAGUUUUUGCGCAUUUGCGCAGUUUCGCAGCGCUCUGAACAGUCUGGAUAAGCCUCAGCAGCCUUUUCGACACAGCGGAACUGAAACGCGACAGUGCUGAAAUCCGAGAAAAUACCAGCAGCCGCCGCAGCGCGGCAGCAUUUUGCCUCAUGCGUGUUUUACCCGUUGAGACGGCUGUGGUGGAGUGUGUGUUGGGGGAAAGUUGUGGACAUGUUUUCCUGGAAGUGUGCGUUUUUACAGAUACGCUGUGCAACGUUGGAACCACGCCGUUGAGGAGCCUUCCGUGCCAGUCGGGGCAACUUGUGCGGGGUAUCUUUCCGUGUUAUCGCUAAGUCGCCAUAUUGUGCGCAGUCAGUGAAACUCGAUGGGAAAGUUGUCAGAGUUAUGACACUCGCUGCGCACAAACCCUGCAUGGAGCUGCGUGCAAGUCGACUUUGAUCGAAACCAACGGGACUCCAUGGAGCAGCUCGGGGACUAUUCUGAUAAGGUCUGGCUCCCUGAGGAAGAUGAGAAGAAUGGACAGCAGACCUCUCGCAUUUAAUUGCUGAGAAGUGGGCCGCAUGUUCCCCCACCCUGCACUUUCCUUUGGGAUUUAUGUUUCCUCCCAGAUCCCUCUGUAUACACAAUUAAAAGAGUUCCACGAGCACACUACAGAGGCAUUACCCAAGUUUUGCACACUCCGAGAUUCAUACUAAGAACAUCGUCUCUAAAGGCUACUGCUAUGAGUCUCCCGUCUCAGGUUAAUACUGACAAGAGCAAGCAUCAGACUCCAGUCAUGAAAGAGGGCGUGCAGCAUUCGGGGGAGGUUUAUUAUGGUAUGGGCCCUCCGGUUUUAAAGCCGAGCCACGGCGACUCUGCCAGCGGCUCCAGUGUGUACAACCCAGAGAAAGGGCACCAAAGUCUGCCGCACUAUCAGCAGGGCGCGCCGGUGAAGUGGAUGCAGGACUCCUUACAGGCGUCCAGCUGGUCCCAGGAUGCUCCAAUGCAAGCCUGGGGUCAGAACUUCGGCCCCUACGCGAGUGGUGUGAAUGUAAGGGAUCAGAUGGCCUUCCACAAAGGAGUCCACGAAGGGGUCCCCAUGUCGAUGGGAGGGGAGAACCAGUUGCCGGCUCCGGUAGAGCAGUACAGAGAUGCCGCCCAGGCUCAAACUCAGGGGAGGGGGCUCGAGUGGGAGCAGCAUGCUGCAGCGGCGAUGCAUCAGGCUCAGCUACAGGCCUACCAGCACAGCCAGGGUCAACCUCACGUGCCCCCUCACACGCUGCAGGGACCCGUUCUGCAGCCUUUUCAGGCGUUGUUCAGACCCAACAAGCAACAGUUCUCGUCUAAUUAUUACUCAGUUUUCCCCGGAAAUAAGACGAUCUACGGGGAGCAGCCUAAGCCUCAGCAGCAGCUUAUUCACCCGAUGCAGCAGCAACAAAUGCAUCAGCAGCAGCCACAACAACAACAACAACAACAGCAGCAUAUGCACCAGCAACACCACCUUCAACUACAGCAGCAGCAGCACCAAAUCCAACAGCAACAAAUGCAGCAGCAACAGCUGCAGAAGCUGCAGCAGCAACAGUAUCACCAACAACAGAUACAGCAAAUGCAGCAACAGCAGAUACAGCAACAAGAGAAAACACAACCUCAGGCGCAACCAAAACAACAACAAACCCAAAACUUUGGAGCGUAUCAGCAUCCCGAGUCUCAUCCUCCCGACUCUGGGGUUAAAACAGAAGAGGUGCAACUAGGAGAGCUGCAGCCGGAGGCCCAAACGGGAGACGCUUUACUAGAUCAGCACUCCGAGAAGGUUGACGCGGUGGCGCCAGCUGGCCCUCGGCGCUCGCGUCGCAUUUCCAGAGAGGGACAGUCCCCGCUGGGUCCCCCUUCCACAAAUAUCUGGUCUCAAGCCACCAAAGAGCCAUCUCCAUCCCAGAAUGGAGUGGUUCCGGCUGCAAGAGGAGGGGAGAGCCAAGCGGCGUCAGGAGGAGUCAUACAGAUCACCCGUCGGAGGAGGAGAGCAUCCAAGGAGAUAAACCUGGAGACUUUGGCUCAGAAGGCGUCAGAAAUGGAGUCUCUGCCUGCUAAAGUGGUUAAGACAGAGGACGGCGCCUCCUGCAGGCAGGCCUCCAUCACGCCGCUGGUCAUUCCCGUGUCCGUGCCCGUGCAGGGGGGCCAGGCUGAAGCCGUGGCCGGCUGGUCUCAGGCGCGGCUCGGCGCGGGCGAGCGACCUGCAGGACCGGCGGAUCGCAAGCCUUCUGUCAUCGUGGCUCGUCGCCGGUCGCAAAAAUACACGGUCGCCGGGAGCUUCAGCCAGGACGAGGACAACGAUCCAGGGCAGGAUGAAGACGGGAAGUCCAAGUUCAAACGGCGGACUCGUCCCGAGCCUCUCAUCAUCCCUCUUCCCAAACCCUCCACCCUCAUCCCCGCCUCCGUCUACUCCAGCAUCACUCCCUACCAGAGCAACCUCCGCUCUCCGGUUCGCAUGCCGGACAACCCUCACGCCCCGCCCCCGUACACGCCUCCCCCCAUCCUGUCACCUAUCCGAGUGGGAACGGGGCUCUACUUCUCCGCCUUCCUCACCAACAUCGCCGUGAGCAACCAGAUCCUGCCGCCGCCGCCGCCCCCCCCAGCGGCGACACCGAAGUCUGCCACGUGCAGCUUGCUGCGUUCCAGCCAGUCUUCAGUGAGUUCAGACAUCACACCGCCAGUCCUACCCCUGAUCUCUGAUGCCACACCCGUGUGCCUUGAACCGCGGAUCAACAUCGGACAGCAGUACCAGGCAGAAAUCCCUGAUUUGCAACAGCUGCCUUCCUCCCAGUUCGACCAGCACAAAGCUGACUUGGUUUGGCUCCCGUCGGAUGCAUCCGACUUCAAUCCCGGAGCCCGGGAUAGCAUAGAGGAUCUGAUGAACAUGGCUUGUUCCAGUGUUUUGAGUGGGGGAGGAACCAACCAGGAGCUGGUUCUACACUGUUUACAUGAAUGUGGAGGCAAAAUCCUCGAAACACUGGAGCGUUUGAUGCUUCACGACUCUGUUUUCCCCAGAGGUCAUCACCUGGAAGGUUAUCACUACUCAGGCUCCGACAGCUGGUCUGCAGAGGAGAAGUGUUACUUUAAUAAGGGGAUCAGCGCUUACAGGAAGGACUUCUUUCUGGUGCAGAAACUGGUGCGGACAAAGACCGUGGCUCAGUGCGUGGAGUUCUACUACACGUAUAAGAAGCAGGUGAAAGCCGGGCGAAACGGCAGCGUGACCUUUGGCCCUCCUGCUUCACCGCUGGAGAAGCACUGGGAGACGGCGGUGGACGUCAAGAGCUCACAGCAGCCAAAACCGACUCCGGGAGCGGCGGAUGAGGAGGACAAGAGCGACAAAAGCCACGAGAGCAGCCACCAGGCAAGGGUAGCUCAGUCACUACAGGUUCAUGACUACGCAGGAACGGUGCUGGUGAUCAAAGAGCCGGACGCCGCGAGGAAAGAAGUUCACCACUCAGCCGGACCUCACAGGCCUCGAGCCGAUCCUGCAGCAAAGAAGCCCAAAGGGCCGGCGAAGCCCCCGCAGGAUCCAGACGCUGUGUUUCCGUGCAAGAAGUGCGGCAGGGUGUUUUAUAAAGUGAAAAGUCGCAGCGCCCACAUGAAAAGUCACGCUGAGCAGGAGAAGAAGGCUGCAGCGCUGCGUCAGAAGGAGGAAGAGGAGCAGGCAGCAGCUCAGGCUCGAGCCAGGAAGGUGGCGGCAGCGGCGGCGGCGGCUCAUCAGGGAGGAAUUGGAAAAGCAGCGAUGCGGCAGGUGGAGAUCAGCAGCCAGGAAGACUCAUCUGAAGUAGAGGAUGAUGACGAUGAAGACUGGCAUUGAACAGCAACAAAACGAGGACAAAAAAACUCUUCAGGAUUUGGAAUUUUGUGCCAUUAAACUGUAGAAAAGAACAAAGAGAAGAAAGAGUUUAAAGCCUCAGGAGAGGCAGAAUAAGCACAGAGAAAAAUGCUUUUUGGUGUCUUCCUGUUGAUCUCUUUAUGACCAAAACCGUCUCAGUUUCACCGUUUUUACACCAUCAGUCACACACACACUCCACUUUUUGUUAUAAACACACUUAUUCAGCAUCUUUUCAUCCAAAAGGACCUUUUUUACAUCUUUUAUUUAAUUUGAAAAAGUCAAAAUCAUUUUACUUUUAUGGCUGUGUAAUAAUACAUCUCAGUGGAAGAAGAUCAAACGCUUUACGGCAGAAGGGCUCAUAUCUAAAACCCUCCCAGAUUAUGUGGCUGGUUUGUUGUACACUUUAUUUUUACAAGUUUUAAAACAGAUUUUUGAAAUGAAUGUGUACAAAUAAAAGUAUAUAUGAGAUUGCUAUAUAUUUAUGAUGCAGCGUUGACAGUGAUUCUUUUUGGUAAUGUAAAGAAUUAUGUUGGAUUCAACAUGAAUGGAAGGUUUAAAGUGUAAUAAAAAAAAUCUUUGUUCA